GUCACUGAAUCAUUGCUACUUGCACCGCCGUUGCGACUGGGCUGGGCCGCUGUUCGCGGGGACGAAUGGCGGGCGUUCGGACGUUUCUCUUGACCAUAUAGUCUUUGGUGACCUUAUAAUCUCUUGCUCGGAUACACUACUCGUGUUGUACUCGCCAUAUCGCAAUCCAUCGGUCACAACUCGCUGUCGCUCGGCCAGAACUUCCUCGGCACGAUGACCACGGCGCGGAUGAUUUACGGGACGGCGUGGAAGAAGGAUCGGACGGCGCAGCUUGUAGUCACGGCGGUCCUGCAGGGGUUUAGGGCGAUAGAUACUGCGUGCCAGCUCAAGCAUUAUCGCGAGGACCUCGUAGGACAGGCGCUACAGACGUUGUACAAGGAGCAUGGUCUGCAGCGGGAGGAUAUAUUCCUUCAGACGAAGUUCACCUGCAUCGCUGGCCAAGACCCUACCAAAUUCAUCCCCUACUCCCCCAAAGACCCCGUCCCCAAGCAAGUUCGCGCCUCCUUCCAACAGUCCCUCAAGAACCUCCACACCACCUACCUCGAUAGCUACAUCCUCCACUCGCCCUUGCCGACCAUGCGCGCCACCCUCGAGGCGUGGGCGACGCUGAUGGCGCUGCAGGAUGCGGGGCACGUCGGGUGCAUCGGAGUCAGCAAUGUGUACAACGUCGCGGUGCUGCAGGCGCUCGAGGACGCCGGGCGGCGGACGCAGGUGGUGCAGAAUCGGUGGCAUGAGGGGAUUGGGUUCGAUCGGGAGGUGGUGCGGUACUGUCAGGAGAGAGGCAUCCAAUAUCAGUCCUUCUGGACGCUCACUGGGUCGCCGUCGCUGCUCGCGCAUCCGUAUCUGCAAGAGAUCGCCGAAUUGGUGGGAUGUACGCCAGCGCAGGUGUUGUUCAAGAUCGCGCAGUCGAACGGCAUAACGCCUCUGACCGGAACAACAAACGAGCAGCAUAUGCGCGAGGAUCUUGAGGUGGAGAGGUUGGACUUUUCGUCCGACGAAGUGAAGGAACGCGUCGCCGCCGUGGAGGAGGCCCUCUUCUCGUGAAUAUACCGUAUUUAAGUUCUGUUUCAACGUCGUGGAUUAUGCAUAACAUUAUUCGCCGUACAGCC